AUGCCUGAUAAUGCCUCUGUGGUGCAUGAAACCGAGCUGAAUGCUAAGGAAGAGAUGAUUACAAAAUUACAGAGGUCAGAGACCGCAGGAGUCGAACCUGUCAUUAAUAAAAUUAUUUCUUAG